GUAAUCAUGGGAGGGAAAAGCUUUAGGAUGGAAAGCCACCGCCAUUCAUAUCCUUAUGGGAAUACGCUUGCAUGGGCUACCUCACCCAGCCCUUCCUAUGCUAGUAGCUAUACUGAACCCGAAGUGAUGAGCAGAUCAAAUAGAAGGUAUUCAAGGAUUGCCGAUAACUACAACUCACUCAAUCAGACGAAAGAAGCAAGCCAACUUAUAGCAGUCACAACAAGGACAACAAUUGUGCACGACGAUAAACUCAUUAUCACCACAACAAGCCCCUAUGAGCAAGCAGCAUUUGGUUCUAAAACUGAUUGGCGUGUGAGAUAGGCUACACAUACAUCAUGCCCAAGAACAUUUUGAAGAAGUUUAUUUGCAUAGCAGAUCUUCGAACUCAAAUUGCAGGAUAUUUGUAUGGCAUAAGCCCCCCAGAUAACCCUCAAGUGAAGGAAAUCCGUUGUAUUAGUUACCAAUUAACAUUAAUACUUUUUAGCCAACUCAUCAAAUUGAAGAUAUGUAUUCUAAUAAAU